CAUCUCAAUUUAAUCCUGUAUUCAUUCAGUAAACCAUGUCUUCUUCAUCUGAUCGCAAAGUCAUCUUCGUCACCGGUGCCAACACUGGUCUAGGACUCGAAAUCAUCAAAGCUCUGUGCAAAUCCACCACCGCCUACCACAUCUUCCUAGGCAGCCGCGACCCAGUCAAAGGCGAAGAAGCAGCGAAACAGGUCCAACAGGAACUCCCCUCCACACAAUCAACCAUCCAAGUCAUCCAAACCGAUCUCUCCUCCGAUGACUCUCUCGAAAAAGCAAUCGAGACAAUCUCCUCCACCACAGGACACCUCGACAUCCUCAUCAACAACGCAGGCGCCAGUUUCGACGGUCAAAUCAAAUCCAACAAGAUGAGUAUUCGAGAAGCUUGGAAUGGCUCUUGGGACACCAAUGUCAGCGGCACUCAAGUGUUGACCACACUUGCCAUCCCCCUGUUGCUCAAAUCCUCAAAUCCACGUCUUUUGUUCAUGACAAGCGGUACUUCAUCUCUAAUUGAAACGGACAAAUUUGGUCAUCCUGCUAUGGCGAGGAUAAACGCUAGUCCGGAAAAGGGGUGGCCGAAGGACAAGGGGUUGAAUCCUAUUGUGUCGUAUAGGAGUACAAAGACUGGGUUGAAUAUGUUGAUGAGGGAUUGGUGUCGUGUGUUGAAGAAUGAUGGUGUCAAGGUGUGGGCUAUUUCGCCUGGGUUCUUGGCUACUGGGCUUGGUGGUGUGGGACCGGAGAUAUUGAAGAAGAUGGGCGCUCUCGAUCCCUCGGUCGGCGGAGGCUUUACUGUCGAUGUGGUAGAGGGCAAGUAUGACGAGCAUGUCGGCAAGGUGAUCAGAAAAGACAUGGUACAGCCUUGGUGAUCGAUGGAAAGAGGAAAGGAA